AUGGAUGUCAUUGGUCCUAUCGAGCCUGCCGCGUCAAAUACACAUAGGUUCAUUUUGGUAGCCAUCAACUACUUCACGAAAUGGGUAGAAGCAUCUUCGUACAAGUCAGUGACGAAGAAGGUGGCAGUAGACUUUGUUCGCAAUAACAUUAUCUGUCGAUUCGGAAUCCCUGAAUCAAUUAUAACAGAUAAUGGAGCUAAUCUUAAUAGUGUUCUGAUGCAUGAGAUUUGCGAAACAUUUAAGAUUACCCACCGCAAUUCCACCCCAUACAAACCUCAGAUGAAUGGAGCACUUGAAGCAGCCAACAAAAACAUCAAUAGAAUAUUGCGGAAGAUGAUUAACAAUUACAGACAUUGGCACGAAAAAUUGCCAUUGGCCCUUCUCGGUUAUCGCACCACUGUAAAGACUUCAACUAGGGAAACGCCUUAUCUUUUGUUCUAUGGGACAGAGGUCCUGUUACCCGCAGAGGCAUCUGAUAUAUGCCAUGUUAACCGUGAACCCAGUGUGCUCAUCUGGUUGUUUGUUGCUGAAUGUUGCAUCCUUCUUUUGGGGAGUUCCUUUUAUAUAUUUUAG